AUGAAAAAAAUUGCUGAGAAUUAUGAUACACGUGUCGAGGAUAUCAUAAAAGCUAUGAGAAAGGACACUGAUGUGAAGUUCACCUUUGUUGUGGAUGGAAAGAAAAUGAUUGUCCCAGUAACUCCAGCUCAAAAUUUAACUGAUGUUAAUGGAAUAUACAUCAUAGAAAUUACAGAUGGUAACUUGAGGCUCUGUUUAGUAGCUGAUAAGUAUCAGAAUUGGUUCAGAGGAUUUAUUACUGAUAAAGGGAACAGAUUUGAGAUUGAUCACGACACUCUUCCAAACAUAAUGAAGAACUCUCAGUCACUUCAUACCAACGGGAUGUAUCCUAGUUUACUUGGAUGCGAAGUGUCAGAGCUGAAGAUUGGGUACCAUCAACUUCUUGCAGCAUUCCAUACUUUGGCUAGAUAUGGUGAGGGUAGGAGAGAUCUGAAGAAAGCUAAAGAAGCGGUCGCCAUUUUCCUUAUCCUGCUCUUUGAAGGCCCUCGGCUUCUACCUGUGGAACAAAAAAUGAUGAAUUCGUUGACCCAAAAUCUGGUGGCAGUGGUUGGAACUGAUAAGGAGUUGAUAAACAAUUGGUGUGGCAUGAGCAGGAACUUCUAUGAUGAGAACGGUUAUGAGAUGGAGGUGAUUAUCUCAGAAGAAACCUCAGAGAUAGUGAAGAAUGCUGUGAAAACUUUUGGGAUCAUGUGCCGGUCAAGGUGGGAUGAAUGGAUAUCGCCGUUGUUGGCCGAUGGGAUCGCGGCCUCCUACGCCGAGCCGACUGGUCUCUUCUUCAACGAGCUCGACGCCCUGGCCGCGGAGUUUGGUCCGGCUGUGCCUUCGCCGCCCAGGGUAUCGCCUGUGCCGCCGUCCGCCUCCGGUGCAGGCACUUCUCUGCCGAGGACUGCCUGCACACCGCCUACUGGUGGGGAGUGGCUGAGGCCUGAGUCGCCGCUUCCUCAGCAGGCUCCAACUUUGGUGGUUGAUGUGCCUGACGGCGUCCUCUACGAUGUGCCGAUGGUUGUCCUUGACCUCGAUGGCCGCCCACUGGCGCACUCGCUUCCAUCUUCUGUGGCAGACAACGCCGCUCUUCGCGCCUUCCUCACCAGCUGCUCCAGGCCUCUCCCUCCUGCGCUCCUAUCGCCGCCUUUGCCGCUGCCGCCUCUCGCUGCCAAGGCGGUGGGAGUUGUGCCGAAGCGCAGUGAGCGUAUCGCUGCUAAGAUGGCACUUGAGGCGCUUGAGGGGCCGAUCCACGCAGUGUCGCGCGCCCAGCGCAACCUGAUGCGGAAGCUCGGCCUAGUUCCGGAGAGGGGCCCGGUCACGGCCGAGGCGGUCGCGGCUUACAACGCCCUCUUCUCCAAGCCACUUUCCCAGGAGCACAUCAUCGCGCUCUCCUCGCUCUUCUCUAGCUCCUUGCCCCCGGCCAAGGCUGCGGAGGAGUUGGUCGAGACUAUUAUGGAUGUAAUCCCCUCUCGUACUAUUCUGGAAAUGCUAGGCCUCGACUUUGAUUAUUCUUUCUUGCCUGCGGUCGGUCGGAGUGGGGGGGUGUUGCUUGCCUGGCGGACGACCGUCUGGUCUGUCUCAGAUGUUCACCUUGCGGAAUUCUCUCUUACCGCGUUGGUUCGACACUCUUCUGAUGUCGCCCCCUGGUGGCUCUCCGUCGUCUAUGGGCCACAGGAGGAGCCGGACAAGCUUCGUUUCUUAGAUGAGCUUCGUUCGCUGCGCUCCUCUCGCACGGGGCCGUGGGCCGUCGUAGGCGAUUUCAACCUCAUUCUCGAAGCUCAGGAUAAAAACAACCUUAAUCUCAAUCGUCGUAUGAUGGGUCGUUUUCGUCGGCUCGUCGACGAGUUGGAACUCCGGGAGCUGCCGCUUCACGGACGUCGCUUCACUUGGAGCAAUGAGCGUGAGUCGCCCACGCUUGUUAAGCUCGACCGCGUUCUCUUCUCCGCGGAUUGGGAGGAGCUUUUCCCCUCUUGCCUCCUCCAAGCGGCCUCUUCUAUCGCCUCUGAUCACUGUGCUCUUCUCCUUCAUACCUGCGUCACCUCCCCGAAAGCGCUUCGUUUUCGUUUUGAGGCCUUUUGGCCCAAGUUCGACGGCUUUCUUCAAGUCGUGCAGGACGCCUGGCAUCCCCCUGCCAACCUACCCCCUCUUGCCGCUCUUGCCUGGUGCUUCUCUACCACGGCCAAGCGCUUACAGAGCUGGAGUGACCGUCACAUUGGCAGUGUUCGUCUACAGCUUCAGAUGGCGAAGGAACUUGUCUUCCGGCUUGAUGUUGCGCAGGAGAGUCGGUCUCUUUCCUCCUUGGAGACCUGGCUGCGGCGAGAUUUAAAGUUGAAGUGUCUUGGUCUUGCCUCGCUUGAGCGUACUAUCGCGCGUCAGCGUUCGCGUUUGGUCUGGCUUAAGGAGGGUGACGCCAAUACCAAGUUCUUCCACCUGCACGCCAGAGCUCGUAGGCGGAAGAACUUCAUCACACGCCUUUGUGAUGGUGACCAGCUUGCCGUCUCCCAUGAUGCGCUGCAAGAGCUUGCCUCCUCUCACUUUUGCGCCAUCUUGGGGACGAGCGUCGAGCGUGAACUCGCCCUAGACCUCCACUCUCUUGGCCUCCGCCCUGCGCAGCUUGAGGGGCUGGACUGUCCCUUCACAGAGGAUGAGGUCUGGGCGGUGAUCAAGUCCUUGCCCUCUGAUAAGGCGCCCGGUCCUGACGAUUUUACGGGCCGUUUCUACAAGUCUUGCUGGCCGGUGAUCAAGGUCGAAAUUCUGGCGGCUCUUAACUCCUUGUUCCUGACCAACGGCCAAGGUUUCGCUUCCCUCAACGACGCCCUAAUCUCCCUCUUGCCGAAGAAGGACGAGGCUGUUGACGUUAAGGAUUUCAGGCCGAUUAGCCUUAUUCACAGCUUUGGGAAGCUGUUCUCCAAGAUCUUGGCCUCUCGUCUCUCCCCUCGCCUGGACGAGCUUGUGGCGCCUAAUCAGAGCGCUUUCAUCAAGGGCCGCUCUCUCCAUGACAACUUCCGCUAUGUCCAGCUUGCGGCAAGGGCGCUCCACGCCAAACGCGUUCCCCGACUUCUUCUCAAGGUGGAUAUCGCGAAGGCCUUUGACACGGUCAGCUGGCCUUUCUUGCUUGAGGUGCUAGCCCAGCUUGGCUUCAGUCAACGUUGGCGUGAUUGGAUCUCCCUCAUUCUCAGUGCCUCCUCUUCCCGGGUGCUGGUUAAUGGGGUGCCAGGUCCACGGUUCCCCCAUCGGAGAGGUCUUCGCCAAGGAGAUCCUCUUUCCCCCAUGCUUUUCAUUCUAGUCAUGGAUGUGCUCAAUGCGAUGCUCCGCAAAGCCUCUGACUCGGGUGGUUUUCUUCCCCUCAAUGAUCAUGCUAUUCGACAUCGUGCAUCCCUCUACGCCGAUGAUCUAGUUCUCUUCCUUUCCCCCGUUCGGCAAGACCUUGAGUUCAUCCAAGGCAUCCUCUCUGUCUUCGGUGCCGCUUCCGGGCUUCGGACCAACUUCACCAAGUGCUCGAUUACUCCGAUCCGCUGCUCGGUUCUUGACCUGGAGCUGGUUCAGUCCUCUUUUCCUUGCUCGAUCUCGGAGUUUCCCUGCACCUACCUCGGCAUUCCACUGUCAGUUCGCAAGCUGCCAAAAGCGGCCCUGCAGCCGCUUGUGGAUAAAGUCUCCCAUCGGCUCCCCCCCUGGAAGGGCCGUCUAACCACUCUGGCGGGUCGCUCGGUUCUAGUCCAGUCGGUUCUCUCUUCCAUCCCGGUCCAUGUUUCUAUGGCGAUCGGCUUGCCAAGCUGGGUUAUCAAAGCCAUUGACAAGAAGCGUCGCGCCUUCUUGUGGACAGGUACGGACUCGGCCAAUGGGGGACAGUGCCGGGUGUCCUGGACGAGGGUUUGUCGUCCUAGGGAUCUCGGUGGACUGGGCAUUCCAGAUCUCCGGGUGGCUGGUUUUGCCUUGAGAGUUCGCUGGCUCUGGCUUCAGCGCUCAGGACACCCCUACUGGUCUGAUCUGAAGGCCCCUGUUGAGCGGAGCGUCUCCGAUAUGUUCACAACAUCCACCUUCUCUAUCCUGGGAGAUGGUCAGUCCACGCUCUUCUGGACUGAUCGGUGGAUCGAUGGUCGCUCGAUAGCUUCUAUAGCUCCUGACCUCCUCCACGUCGUGCCUCCACGCUUCCGGGGAUCGCACACAGUUGCUGCUGGGUUAGCGAACAACUCCUGGGUUGGUGACAUACGUGGCGCCCUCACUGUCCCGGUCAUCUCUCAGUUCCUGUUAGUCUGGGACGCGGUGGUUCCUACCCAGCUCUCGCCGGGUGUUGAGGAUCACCUCGUCUGGUGUUGGACGGGUGACCAGUGCUACUCAGCGCAAUCGGCGUAUCAGGCGUUCUUCCUUGGCCAGCACUCUUUUGCCUGUGCCGACUUACUCUGGCACGCGAAGGGCCCUGCUAAAUGCAAGUUCUUCCUUUGGUUUGCAUUUCAGCAGCGCUGCUGGACUGCCGAUCUUCUCCAAAAGUGUGGUAUCGAUAGCCACUCUGCUUGCCCCUUUUGCGCUCAGGAGCUUGAGACAGCGAACCACAUCCUCAUCGAUUGCGUGUUCGCUCGGCAGGUCUGGCUCCGUGUGUUGUCCCCUCCUGGCUGGGCUGCCCUCUCUCCCCCUCAUGGCAGCUGGCUCCAGGAUUGGUGGUCAUCCUCCAGGGUAUGUUUACCUGAGCACCUUCGCAGCAGCUUCGACUCCUUGGUACUCCUAGUCUCCUGGCAGCUGUGGAAGGAACGAAACUCCAGGGUUUUCGACUCUGCGCUCGCUUCGGUCGCAGUGGUUCUAGAGUCCUUCCGCUCGGAGGGCCAGCUGUGGUCUUUAGCCGGUGUUGCUUGUUUUGGGGAUUUCUUGGGAGUGUAG